GCCAAGUCAACCAUUUGAUAGAUUUGAAAGCAAGUACUCUUUUAGAUUGGAACAGAUUGUUGACACCUUCUUAUUCUUCACUGGCUCUCCGUCACCUGGUUAUUCUGAUUACUUAUUUUUGUUUUGUCCAUUCAGUAUUUCGCCAAAGUUCGGGCUCAUUUGGGGUGCACUGUGGCAGCAGUAGCAAAUCGACGCGCUGUUCACAACCAACCUCAUCUUCAGUGAUUCUUCACGCAUCUGUUUGAGAUCUUCUGAUAAAAGAUCAGGAAUCACAUUAAUUAUUAUCAUAACCUUCAUGACAGCGAAUGCGAUCAUGAUGUGACGUGGAUUGUUCAAUCAUCUUUCGUGAAUCACACACGGAUCCAUAGCCCUACAUGGAUCCAUCUACUUAUCCCCCUUACGGGCGCUAAUCUCCUCUUCGCUUCUGAUUGUGCUCCCUUAAUCCUCUCAUGGAUACGCGCGCCUCCAAAUCGGGUGUCGGCGAUAUGGACAUGCGGCGCAGUCUCUUCGGCAUCCCGCCCUCCAGCCAGUCCAAGGGCUACACCACCCUGCCCCAUGACGACGAAGAACACGAGGCCUUCCUCAGCGAUACCCUCCGCCAGCAGCAGCAGGUGAUCCGCCUGCAGGACGACACCCUGGACAAGAUCGGCAGCAGUGUGGGAGUGCUGAAGGAUAUGAGCGAGAAGAUCGGGAUGGAGGUCAGUGAUCAUAUGGUGAUUAUGGAUGAUCUGGGGGAUAAGAUGGAGCGGACGGACGGGACGAUGACGGUGGUGAUGCGCAAGCUGCAGAAGGUAUCACGAUUGAGUGAUGAUCGCUCGCAGUGGUGGGCCAUCGGGGUGCUGCUGGUGAUCCUCUUGAUUAUUCUCAUUCUCUUCGCGGUAUUAUGAUGGGAAUCCGACACGGAUCACGGGGAAUUUUAUCGGGCCAUGUUUAUGUGGGUUGUGUGUCUGUAGCAGCUUUUUUGUCCUGAUUUUGCCAGUUUUGCACUCUUCUCGGGUAAUGCCGCGUUAUGAUGAAAUUCUAUGUAAGAAAUUCUGUUCUUUACGUGUAAAGGAUAAAUCUGUUCAAAGAAAAAUCCGAGCCACUGCUAAUGAAGUGUGUAAAGGCUUUUUCUGUCGUUUUGCAACUGUAUUUGCAUUUGAGCUCCCUAAUUUAUUUUGAUUAAAUUCUUGUUUUACUCUGUUUUCUUGAUCAAGUUGUACGAUGCAGACCGUUUAAAAUUUUCAUGUACCGUACGGAAUAUUAAAAUUUGCGCAACGAGUGCUAGUAGUUGGUAGUUAU